CGCCAUUGUCCUUUUCAAAGUUAUCAGGUCGUGCUAUCGUCCGCGCUUCUAUCUCUCAAUGCUGAUAAUUGGGUCGCUGCGCGCGGGACAAGUCGUGAAUGACUAGUGCGUCUCGCAGCUACACACUUAGCCUUCAAGAGCACGCCGCGGUUCAGUGGAGGCGAAAUGGUUGUUCGCUCUUUGCUGUCCUUAGGAGUAUGCCAUGCGCUUACUCUUUCCUCGCAUCCGGUGUUGAAUCAUACGAGGGCCACCACGUUGGAGCCACUAUGCUUCGACAAUUACGACGUGCCAUCGACCUCAGACAUGGAAGCCUUUCUUGGCGAGACCACCACCUGCACGCUUUCAUCGAGGUGCCGGCCCGCGCAAGUUGUGAUCAUGGGUGUCGCGAGGUGGUUCGGCCGCACCGUAGCCCAGCGCAUCGUAAGGCACUCGAGGAGCAGCCACUGCGGAGGACAGCAGCUGCUGACGCUCGACCUGGUCAUGCUUCUGCUGACCGAGAGAUACGCGCUGGAGCAUUGCUCGAUCGAGAUCUACGUCAGCCAUUUUCCCAGCUUCUCGAAGCUCUUCAUGGACGACCUCGAAACGCAGUGCCGGGAUUUGGGGAAGGCACUACUGAGUUUCGACGUCAAGUACGCCGCGGUAUGGCACAGGGAGUCGUUGAACGACUUCCGCGCGCGAGUGUCGGGGACAGGGGUGAAAUUAGAAAGCAUGAGCGGCGCGAACUGGAAGUUUUUGAGGACACUGGAAAGUGAGUGGGCGAUUGCGUGAAGCACCGGAGGGUGAUCCACACAUUGUGGCAUCUGAGCCUUUAUUCACGGAUCACACGAUUUGUUGCCGGCGCUGCCUAGAUAUUGACACGGUGCUGGGUGAACCGAGCUUCAAUAGUUGUCAUCCAAGUAGGGAUGCAAACUAAGAUUAAAGAGACGUCAUCACUCCGGCCCGUCUCGCGAUGCGGGUGAAGAUGGGGAGGGGAACGUAAAAACUAAUCACCUCAUUCGAUGUCUGCCAAGUUGUCAUGGAAAUCUCCAGUUGCAUCUUGAGGCUUGACUCCGUUUGGCUCGUCAUGGAACUGUGCUGUACAAACGAGUCAUCAGUUUUGAUCUGCGGCGUACACUUUUUCUCCGGAAUAAACGCUAGACGUCUUUUAAACCAAA